GAUACCUACCUACCUACCUUGUGCCAAAUACUCUACUUCCGUUUAAUCGAAUCUCAACAACGGUGCUAAAGAAGUUUUCAUUUCAAAAUUUUAUUUUUAGAAUGUGUUUGUCAAGACUCUCAAUAGUUAUUAUUCGUCUUUAAUGAUUUUGAUAACCAUUAGUUAUUGAUGAAAAACCAACUUAUUUGAAAAUGAUGCUCUACAAUCAUCACAUUGUUUUAUUAAUGUAGGUAUUUAAUGUAAGUUUCAGUCAUGGUGAUGUAAGUAUUUAAAAGUAAUCGUGGACUGAAGAAGCAGUUCUAAACAUACUUAUUUCAAAUAAUUGCACGAGCUGUUCCAUUCUUCCAUUUGUUCUUCUUACCCUGCAAGAUUAAAGGAAAUGUUCCGAAAUACACUAUAGACCUUACACGCAGCGACUACGUGCAGUCAAGUGUAGCUGCACUACUAUUUUGUAUAGAUCUAUGAAAAUAAUUCUCAACAACCUAUUGCAGGCUGCAGGUGGUACUUAGGAAUGGCAUCUAAAUAGUGAGAUGCCAUUUAAUAGUAUUACAUGUAUAUUUUUUACUUUGAAGUAUGUAACUGCUAGAUGUCUAAAUCUAAAGAAAAUGUUGAUGAAAAAACAUAUAAGUUAAUAAUAAUAAUAAAUAUAAUAAACAUUUCCAAUACUCACACCAAUUAGCCUAGCCCCAAAGUAAGCACUGUAAGGCAUGUGUAAUGGGAUACUAGGAUAACGGAUAGAAUACAUGUAAAGUACAUAAAUAAGUAUAUUUAUAUAGAUAUACAUAUUAAACAUCCAUGACUGAAGUAGAAAUGCUCGUAUUCAUCACACAAACAUCUACCCCCACCGGGAUUCGAACCCGGGACCUCUCUGGUUGGCGGCUUUAGUCUAUAAAACCCGGCGUGCAUGCCACUCGGCCACGGAGAUCGCCUUCUGUUUGUAUGGUAGUUCUCACGCAGAGAACUACUUAAAUAGUUCCCAAACUUUGAUUUUGGACAUUGACAAAUAUUAUUUAUCAGAGUUGAAAGAAAAUAAGUAAAUCUAUAGACAGAUUUAAAAAAAGACCUCUCGAGUCGGCGACACCAUGAAACCCGGCGUACAAACCACUCGGCCACGGAGGUCGACAAAUAAUAAGUAUUACAAUUGUUACUUGAAAUAUUAAGGGCUGCGCAGUCCUCAUUAAGCUGUAGUCGCUGCAAACUAACAAAAUUUAUUGUGACGGUCCAUCAAAUUCACAAACUCAAUAAAACUCAAUAAAUAUGUUUUCAAUAGGGCAAAUAGAACGCUUAUUCUCAUUUAAGUAUGACGGUUCGCGCGCCUGCUUUUCGGCAAUGUCAAUAUCAAUGCCCUGCGUCUAUAAUUUCAGUCUAGUAUUUUUCUUCGCCCCAACCCUUGGUUACCGAGGGUCAGUACCAGAGGCGAUAGCGGGAUUCCUGCGGGACACAGAGGAGAUGCUGAACGGAGAACCACCUGAUGCAGUCCACCUGCUGCCAGAGUACGACUUCAUCAUCAUCGGCGCUGGGACCGCGGGCUGCGUUCUCAGCAAUAGACUCACAGAAGUUGAACAAUUCAAGGUCCUCCUCAUAGAAGCUGGUGGCAGCGAGCAGGUGUACAUGGACAUUCCGGUGCUGGCAACCUUACUUCAGUUCACAGACGCUAACUGGAACUAUUUCACAGAACCACAGAAAUCGGGAUGCAGAGGUAUGCGAGCUGGACGCUGUGCGUGGCCCCGAGGGAAGGUCGUCGGAGGUUCCUCUGUACUCCACUCCAUGAUGCACACAAGAGGAAACCGUCGGGACUACGAUAGAUGGGCUGCUAACGGAAAUCCAGGUUGGAAUUACAAAUCGGUACUGAAAUAUUUCAAGAGAUCAGAAAAUAUGCAGAUACCGGAACUGGCGAGAGACAGACGUUUCCAUUCUACUAAGGGUGAAAUGACACUUACACAUCCUAACUGGAGGACGCCACUUUCAGACGCUUUCUUAAAAGCUGGUGUUGAAACGGGAGGAAAAAUAGUAGAUUAUAAUGCAAAAACACAAAUAGGAUAUUCAAUCAUACAGUUUACGAUGAACAAUGGCACGAGAAUGAGCACCAGUAAAGCAUUUUUACAUCCUAUAAAACACCGUACUAAUCUGCAUAUCGCAAAGAAUGCGAUGGUGACACGAAUACUCAUUGAUCCGAGCACCAAGAGCGCAUACGGCGUGGAAUUUUAUAAAAAUCAUAAAAAGUAUGUCAUAUCAGCUCGAAGAGAAGUAAUUCUUUCUGCUGGCGCUAUAAACUCUCCACAAUUGUUAAUGAUUAGUGGCGUAGGACCAAAAGAACAUUUGACCGAGAAGAACAUUACGACUAUUGUCGAUCUACCAGUCGGGUACAACUUACAAGAUCACUGGGCCUUGGGAGGACUUACAUUCGUGAUUAACACAACUGAUUCUAUUAGAUCUGAACGAAUAGCGACAUUUGAUAAUAUUAUCGAAUAUUUCAGUCACCAUACAGGACCUUUAUCGGCGCCUAGUGGAACUGAAGCACUUGCUUUUAUCGACACUAGGAACCCUAAUGACGAAGAUGGAUACCCUGAUCUUGAGUUAUUAUUUGUGGGAGGCUCUUUAGUAUCGCAGCCAACUUACAAACAAGCGUUUGCCAUUGACGAAUCUAUAUUUGAUCAAGUAUACGGGUCUAUCAGAGACAAAGAUACUUGGAUGGUGUUUCCAAUGCUAUUAUUACCCGAGUCGAAGGGAAGAAUAUUGUUAAAAAAUAAAAACCCUUAUUCGAAGCCAAUUAUCCAUGCAAAUUACUUUUCGGACAAUGGACACGAUCAAGAAGUGAUACUGUAUGGUAUUCGGAAAGCGAUAGAACUAUCUAAAACAAAGGCGUUCCAGAAGUUUGGCAGUAAUCUUCAUGAUGUGCCUUUGCCUAAUUGUGCGCAAAAUAUAUUUAAUUCGGACGAAUAUUGGUUCUGUGCUAUGAGAACAAUCACAAACACGAUUUACCAUCACUGCUGCACAAACAAAAUGGGGCCCAGAGAUGACCCUGAGGCAGUGGUAGACCCUCGUCUAAGGGUUUAUGGUGUGAGAGGUUUACGCAUAGUAGAUGCUAGUGUGAUGCCUCAUGUUCCAGCUGCCCAUACGAAUGCCCCUACAAUGAUGAUAGCUGAAAAGGCGGCAGAUAUGAUUAAGGAAGAUUGGGGUUUCUUAAAUCCGUAAAUUGCUUAGAUAUUUUCUGUGAGCCCAGUUACUUUUAGGUUUCCGUACCCUAAGGGGAAAAACGGGACCUUUUACCAAGACUCCAAUGUCCGCCUGUCUUUCACCAGACUAUAUGCCAUGAACCGUGAUAACUAGACAGUUUAAAGUUUCACAGAUAAUGUACUUCUGCUGCCACUAUAACAACAAACACUAAAAACAGAAUAAAAUAAAUAUUUAAGUGGGGGUCCCAUACAACAAAAGUGUUUUUUUACUAUAUUUUUUUUUGCUAUAUAUUAACAACGGCAACAGGUAGACACUUAGAAUAUUUACUGAAUAUUUAGUUGCAUAUUCACUUAAAAAAUAAAUAAUUAGAGUAAAAUAAAAGAAAUAUUAAGAGCGGCAAAAAUUCACGAUUGUUGUACUGUUGUAUGGGAGGGUUUUUUCUCGAUAUUAUAAUAUAUUGUCUUAUUGUGUAUAGUAUGUCUGUUUGUAUGUGUAUAGAUAAUUGAAGGCAAAUUUAUUCUAUACGUUUGUUUUGAUAACAUACUGUUGUCUUUUACAACUACUUUAUAAUGCAGCUGAACUGAUUGAUCGAACCCUUCUCAGUAAUGCAUUUGAUUUUGUUAGACACAGAAUGUGCCAAAACUUGGCACAUAAAGGAAAAGUACCUUAAAUCCUGAGACAAUUUUACCGAAAGAAGACUUUAUGUUUAUUUCGAAAACAAUAAGAUUAGCAUUCAAAGAAUUUUGAACAAUUCUGCAUGAACUCGAAGCAAACCCGCUAAAUGUGAAAGAAAUUACCUGUAAUUUUACUGAACCGAUCAAAAUAGUUCUGCCUCUCUCUCUCUCACAAUGUAAAUAUUUUUUCUCAAACAUCUGUGGAAAUGCGAGCAUUUUUUUUACAACCUUCUUCGAGGUAAAUCGAAAUUGCUGUACUGGCCUAAUACAUGCUCGCAGCGGCCGGCAAAAGUCCUCCGGUCUGAUAAGACCGAUUCCUAUACUGUGCUGAUCUCAUAAUGAACAAAUAUCAAAACCAUCUUUUCCCAAAAUGACUGAUUUUCUAAAUAUCUUUGUUUUAGAAUUCCGGAAGUAACACUAUUAAAUUCAUGUACAGUUAGUUACACUUUAUUUCAUCAUCAUCAUCAUCAUCAACCCAUGCUCGUCCACUGCUGGACAUAGGUCUCCCCUAAUGCACGCCACUGCUCCCCAUUUUCUGCCGUUCUCAUCCAGCCCACUCCAGCCAGCCUAUGAAUAUCAUCAUGUCAUCUUGUCUCAGGGCGUCCUAUACUACGUUUACUGAGUCGCGGUCACCACUCAAGAACUUUCCAGCUCCAACAGCCGUCAGUUCUGCGGCUAAUGUGACCAGCCAACUGCCACUGCAGUUUGCUAAUUCGAUAGGCUAUGUCGGUGACUUUGGUUCUCUGUCGGAUUACAUCAUUUCUGAUGCGAACUCUCUGAGCGACUUUAAACUUAUAAUAACAAAAAUUAUGUAUUUUUUUUGAGAACUCUUCUUCAACUAUUAAUGUAAAUCUCUUUUAUACAGUAUAAAAAAUUAGGUCUAAAAACAGUAGUGUCUAAAAAAUAUUAAAAAUAGCCACUUCGCACGGGCAGUUUUUUUUUUAACAAGUAUUGAUGGAGGGACAACCUAAAAGUAAUAGAGUUUACAUAGAAUUAAAUGUGGCUUAUUUGAUUAUCAUGCAUAUUCCCUAUUACGUGAAUUAUUUGAAAUCUACUCUACCAUUUAGCAUGAAAUUGGUAUAGAGGUUAAAAAGUCAUGAAGGAAGGAGUUGUUCCGUAUAUUUGUUCCAUGGGAAGCUUUCUAGGAGCGGUUCUUAUGUUUAUUCUUAAUAACUGCUACUGUUUAAGACUUUAUUCUGUUAUUUUUUAGGUACUCGAAAAAUUAAAUUAAGAGUUAUGUAAGCUUUGUAUCUAUAAAAAUUGACAUAAGAUCUUAAAAAAUACUAUUUUAGGGUAAAAAAAAUUUUGGUGAGAGUAUUAAAGAUUUGGGACACAUUCGUCAGAUUUCUUUUUCGUUAGAAUAAAUUAUAGGCUUUUGUUUUGGCGAAAAAAGAUUCCUCUUUGGACAGAAUAAACUAUGGUAAACUUUUACAAUAUUUAUUUGUUACUUACGUCAAGAAAAACAAUACGCUUCAUCUAAUCUUAUUAAGUACUAAACAAAUAAUAUAUUCAAUGUUAAGCAUUUAUUUGCUCUAUUUAUAAAUCUAACGAAACUUGAAGAAUGAUAAAAAUGCGCUUAUGGUUUAACUUUAAUAUUCCAGUUUACUAGACUAAGAUUUUCUCAGUAUAAUAAUACUCUUUUUUAUAAUAAAAGCUCAUUAUGUUUUUCCAUCAUGGAUCUGGCCAAUGGAUCUUCUAAGAUUGAUCCGUUUAUCCUUGACCAUAAAACUAAAAAAAAUGAUGAAAUUUUGAAGAAAGAUUUACGAGUAUUCCAAACAAAUUUAUGAAAUAAAUGUUGUCUCAUUUUCAUAUGAUCUAAGCAUUUUCAUCAUCCUCUUUUUUUCGACGCUAUGUUAUUAAAAAGAAAUAUAUGUAUGUAUAUGAGUGGGCCUCACGAUUUUUAAAAUAGAAUUAUAAGGGAUACCCUGUUCAUAUAAGCGCUUGUUUAAAUUUCUUUGAACGCAGUUAACAUUGUUUUAAUUCAAAUCAAGUCUUUAUGCAGUGAAAUUUUCUAUCUACGUUAGUUUAGGUACUUUCCAUUCAUGUGGCAAAGUUUUGGGACACUUUGUAUAAAUAAAACCUUAUAUACGAAGUUUGGUCGAUUUAUUUUUACGGUUUUAGUUUCUUAGAUCUGUAACAUUUUUGGCGGCCUCAUUUCAUUCACGCUAUAAGGUACAUUAAUAAAUAAACAUUUGAAAUUAAAAUAAUUUAGUUCCGUCCGUUCUGUAAGAUAACAACACUGCCAUUGUACUUACUACAUAAACAAUUAAGCAUAUCUUGUUAAUAAUUUAACAAUAUAUAUAUUUAGGAAUGUUAUUUUUAGAACUUUUAUGUCUUUGGACUUAUUUAUACAUUCUACCUUCUUCACAUAAGGCGGUGAUUUUGUUAAGAAUGAAGUUCCUAUUUCGUAGAUACUACUACUACCAUUGUAACUAUUUAUUUAUUUGGUUGAAAUAAAAAAUAGCAAAUCUCGAAAGCAUUUUAUUUGACAAUCCCAAGCAAAUAAUAAUUAACCUUUGGUAAAAAUGCUCCAUAGAUUUACGAUAAAAUAGGGGCAAUUAAGAACUAAAACAAUGAAAAAGUCCAUCUAAACCAUCGACUGUUUCAAACAACGCGGCCUAAAAACAGUACCUCCGCUACAUCAUCCCCUUUCCCUUAACUAUAUCUUCCAUAAAUUAUAUGAACAUACAAAAGAUUGCUUUCAUAUACCACCUAAACUUAAUAUAUUUCUAAUCAUUUUUAAGUAUAUAAAAAGGGUAUUUAUCAAACACAUUGGCCCGCCUGCUGGCAAGCAAGUGGCCGUCAUAGAUAUAUAGGCACGGAACGAUCGUAGCGUCACCAGAAAAAGUAUUUUUUUGUUAGAAAAUUAUCCAGUUACUGAAGCGAGACUGGGGUUAAAAACACGAACUAUAUAUAUUGAACGUAUAUAAAAUAUUUUCGUACAAGUGAAUGAAUAUUGUUAAAAACUCUCGUUGUUUUCUAUGUCAGUGUCAUAUUUAUACAAUUUCAUACUUUGAUCAUCUGUUUGUCUUUACUUGUCACUUUUAUCUCUUGUAAAUAUACGAGUAUAGUAGAGUAAGGUCCCGAGACUGCCAGACCUUACUUAUUUCCUCAUGGACAAAAAAUGGAUAAUCGAGUAGUAUCAGUGUGUCUGGCAAUAAAAACUGCUGAGAGAAUGUGUUUGGCGGUAUGAAUUUCAAGUUGUUUACAAUAUUCUCUACAACACAAAUAGGAAUCAGUCCGCAGACUGUAAAUUAGGUGAGUAAAAUUUUUACGUGCCUGUGCCACCUAAUACCAAAAUAAGACCACAGCACAAGUUAGCGGAUAUAUAUAUACAUUCAUUGUAAAUACUAAUACUACUCGAUUAUCCAUAUUUUGUCCAUGAGAAAAUAAGUACGAUCCUAUUAUGGUCUAUUAUUAUGGUACAGGUACUAUUUUUACUGGACCAAACCAGCCUCUACCAUCCUAUCGUAGAACAAGGCGAUUCCGAAAACAGAGGUUCUGAACUGGCAAUUUGCCAUCCUUUCCGGGCUAUGAGGCACUCAUGAUCAUAAUCAUAAUCAAAAUCAUUUAUUCAGUUUAGGCUGUUACCAGCACUCAUGAAUGUCGAGAAGCUACGCCAUCGGUUCGUUAAUCUACGGAGACCUUGGUGAAGAACCCGCAAACGGAAACUCAGCAAGGGCUGUUUUUUUCUCCCAGUUUUAUUAUUUACAGAGUUGGCAAGUUGAAAAACGAUUUCAGAAACGAUUCAAGAAGUCACCUUUCAUUACAUAAUGUGAAGUAUACAUCAAUUGUUCAUCUUCCUUUUGAUUACUGUGUCAUACAAUAUAAAUACAAAUAGUGUUAUUUAUAUUAGGAAGGUACAUUAACAUUUUCAAUAUCAAAGUAGUUAGGGCAGACUCAUCUCCGCUGGCAGCACCCGUUCACGAGUAUGACGCAUGAACCAGCCAUCGCUUCGCUCAAUCAUAUUUUAGGGAACGUAACGACCCGCCUCACACGACACCACCGAAGAGACUUUUAAGAGAACAUGACUACCCAAAACCACCUUUAUUAACUACAACAUCUUUACAUACAAUUAAAGUCAUUUAUCUGCAAAUAAUUACAAAAACAAUGGAGAAACCACGACCACGUCGCGUCGUUUGGUCAUUCAAAUAUCCUUAAAUAGUCUGAAAUCCUUCCUUACGUAAUUAACUUUACACCUUUUAAAUUCAAUUAUAAUAUUGUCAAUCAAAUACCGGUUGGAAUGAUUGGAACAGUUGAAACCCAAGCAUUUUUGUCUGUAAUAUAAUCAGACACUUUAUAAUAAGCUUUCUAAACAAGUGAUUUUUUUAUGGUCGAUUUAAAUUUAGUCAAGUUUAACUCUUGAAUAUUGCUUGGGACUUUAUUGUAAAAGCGAA